UCCGGGUAGCUCUGGAGGGGAGGCUCGGAUAGUUCCCUCCCAGGCCCUGGAGUUCCUCCGAAUAUGGGGCCGCUUGCCCCAGAAGCAGAUACGCGGGGUCCCCAUUUCGGGGUAGCCGGUACGCGAACGCUUCAGGCUUCGGCGAGCUCUGAUCUCGACAAGACCCGGACAGAGGACGAGCAGCGACAGCGACGUUUCGCAAUCAAAGGUGGUGUUUUUCUUGCUACCGUCGCUACUGCAGGAAUGCUAGCAGGUUUUGGUAUGACACUGGCUGUGACGAAGAAGAAAAGUCCCAAUUGGUUCAAUAAGGGUGUAAUUGCCACAGCAGCUUUGCCAGAAAGUGGCUCUUCCCUUGCUUUACGGGCCCUUGGAUGGGGUUCACUCUAUGCUUGGAGUGGAGUUGCAUUGAUCAGCUUUGCUAUCUGGAAGGCUUUGGGUGUUCACAAU